AUGAUGAUGAUGGAUUUUAUUGUGACAAUCAUCGUGUCACUUGAAUACACGGUAAACCCAUCAAGGCUACGGCCUCCAUCCUCACCAGAUUUUCAUCUUCUCCUCUCGGCUAUAGGCGACGAGGCACCUCCUAAAGAGUCUGGAUCCGGCAAAAAGGUCGAGAAUACAGGAUCCAAUUCUCACACACUUCACCCGGUAUACACCGUCACCAACAUUCAAAAUAAAGUUCGAAGCUUGGACGGAAUCAAAGUAACCUACUCUUCGUGGGUUAAACUCUUUCAGUUAAACGCGCGAGGGUAUAAGUUUCUGGAUCAUAUUGAUGGAACCCUUCCACCGGCGAUUGACGAUCCCAACCGUGCCUACUGGCUUGAGAUCGACGCUAUUGUGCUUCAGUGGAUUUGUUCCACUGUUUCCGACGAGCUUCUGGUCCGUGUUCUUGAAACCGAAUCCACCGAUCUUGAAGCAUGGAACCGGUUGAAGAAGAUGUUUCUCUACAACAAAGGACCUAGAGCUGCCGCGUUAGAGAAAGCUUUCACUAAUCUUACCCUAAAAUUCAUGCCUUCUCUUCAUGAUUAUUGUCAAAAGUUGAGGGAAACUGCGGCUCAAUUGGGCGAUGUUGAUCAACCUGUGUCAAAUGAGCGCCUCAUCAUUCAACUUGUAAGUGGCCUUCCGCCUGAAUAUGAUGUCGUUGGAGCCCAAGUUAACAAAGAUCUCCCAUCGUGGGAGGAAGCGAUAAACCUUCUUGAUGCAGACGAACGUCGCCAACAAGCCUGA